AUGGCUAGAAAUGGAAAUGAAGUCGAAAAGAAAUAAAUUGAUUAAAGUGAAUUAAUUGAACAUAGUUUUUCUAAAAAUAAAAUUCCUACUUAUGACCGUCAUGAAACUGCUAAGGAAGAUGAAUAUAAUUGCAGAAAAAAAAAAGAACAAUAAAAUAAGAAUAAUAUGUUCCAUACAUUUAACAAUUAUAACAACAAAAAACUAAAGAGUCAUGAGCAUCACAUUGAAGUUGAUAGAAACGAACAGGAUACAGAAAAAGGCGAAGAUACUUAUAUGAAAAGAAAAUAAAAACAAGUCAUUACUCAAGAAUAGCUCAAUAAAUUGUAACAAUUCUUUGAAAAAUAUAGUCAAUAAUGGAAGUUAGGUGAGCUUAUAAAAUGUAACUCAUAAUGA